CUGAACUUACAAAAUCAACCUGCCCCCUUGCCUGCCUUAAAAGAGUUUUAUUAUUCUCAUCACUCUCACUUUCAAAUAAAUAUAAAAGACAAUGACGCCGGAAUCUUCAGAGGCGGAGCGAUGGUGCGUCGUCACCGGUGGCAGAGGAUUCGCGGCUAGACAUCUCGUCGAAAUGCUUGUACGCUACGAGAUGUUCCUUGUCCGAAUCGCCGAUUUGGCCCCGGCGAUUCAGCUCGAUCCCCAGGAACAGAGCGGAGUCCUCGGCGAAGCAAUGAGAUCCGGCCGUGUUCAAUACGUAUCAGCUGAUCUCCGCGAUAAAUCUCAAGUCGUCAAAGCUUUUCAGGGAGCGGAGGUGGUCUUCCACAUGGCAGCUCCGGAUUCGUCUAUCAAUAAUCACCAGCUUCAUUACUCGGUUAAUGUUCAAGGAACGAAGAAUGUAAUUGAUGCUUGUGUCAAUGGUGGAGUUAAAAGGCUUAUCUACACGAGCUCUCCUAGCGUCGUCUUUGAUGGUGUUCAUGGUAUUUUGAAUGGUAGUGAAUCCUUGCCUUACCCAUCCAAGCACAACGAUUCUUAUUCAACAACUAAAGCUGAAGGAGAAGCGUUGAUCAUGGAUGCGAAUGGCACUAAUGGACUACUCACUUGCUGCAUACGUCCCAGCAGCAUUUUUGGUCCCGGUGAUAGAUUGUUGGUUCCCUCACUUGUUGCUGCUGCUCGCGCUGGAAAAUCUAAGUUUAUCAUAGGUGACGGGAAUAAUCUCUACGAUUUCACUUACGUUGAAAAUGUUGCUCAUGCCCAUGUUUGUGCUGAGCGUGCUCUAGCUUCAGGAGGAGAUGUUUCUACAAAAGCUUCAGGGCAGGCAUAUUUCAUUACCAACAUGGAACCAAUUAAAUUUUGGGAAUUUAUGUCGCAGCUUCUUGAAGGACUUGGCUAUGAGAGGCCAAGCAUAAAAAUCCCUGCGUUUGUCAUGAUGCCGAUUGCAUAUGUGGUUGAACUAAUAUAUAAAUUGUUGGGACCAUAUGGGAUGAAAGUACCACAACUAACGCCUUCAAGAGUUAGGCUGCUCUCGUGCAGCAGAACUUUUGAUUGCACAAAAGCAAAGGAUCGGCUAGGCUAUGCUCCUGUUGUACCACUUCAGGAAGGUAUACGGAGGACUAUAGAUUCAUUUUCUCAUCUUACAGCUGGAAGUCAAUCCAAAAGAGAGAGCCUAUCCAAGGCGUCUAGGAUCCUUGGAGGUGGAAAGGUUGCUGAUACACUGCUUUGGAAGGAUUUAAAGCAGACUCUCACUGCCGUACUCAUUCUUUUUAGUAUCUAUUAUAACUUCGUUGCAACUGGAUCUACCAUCAUAACUGCUCUUUCGAAGGCUCUACUUGUAUCAUCUGUAUUUUUGUUCCUCCAUGGCAUUCUACCAGAAAAAAUAUUUGGCUAUACAAUUGAAAAGAUUCCUGCAUCCAAGUUUCACCUAUCGAAAGACACGUCACAUCACCUCUCAUUGUCAAUGGUAACCUCAUGGAACACAACUGUUAAAGCUCUAAAAUCUCUUUGCCAGGGGAAUGAUUGGAGCUUCUUUCUCAAGGUUGUCUUCGUUUUGUUAAUAAUGAGUUUUGCUGGAGCCGUAUCUCUUCAUAGCAUAUUUGUUAUAGUGUUGUUGUUGUUCUGUUCGACAGGACUUCCCAUUGCCUUCAUUGCUUUUCUCGUGUACGAAAAGAAAGAGCAAGAGAUCGACUCUGUAAUGUUGGGUUUUAAAUCACUCGCAUGCAAGCGGAAAAACGAGGUGUGUGAGAAACUGUUUGGAAGCAAGAAAUAUGACUAAGAAUCCUUUUUUCUGUGCCAAGAAUUUGUACUAUUCUUUUGUUUUCAACAACUUUAACUCCGGUUUGAAAAUUUAUUUCAUGCAUUUGUUGCUCC